ACCUUCUCUUUGCAACGGGGAUAAUUGAAGAAUAUUCAUCACCAUGCCGCUUUCUCUCUCAUCCGCGGACAAAAUCGCCUCAUAUGGCAUCCGUGGCGCCGACCCCUCGCCGUCGUUCUUAGCCAUUGAACUCAGCCAAGCCCGGCACCGUAUCAACCUCAUUAACGCAUGGGAUCCCGCAAUAGGCCCUGGCACCCGGGUUCUCGAACUUGGUUGCGGUCAGGGCACCUGCACGCAGGCUCUCGCGGAAGCUGUUUCCUCCCCGGGCGACCACACCGGCGCGGGGCACAUUACGGCGGUGGAUCCCGGUCCGCCCGAGUACGGUGCCCCCUUCACGCUCGGCGAGGCGCAAUCUCACCUCGCUGCUGGACCGCUCGGACCGCUAGUGACAUUUCACCGUGCAGAUCCUAUAGACUUCCUCGCCGCCCACGCAGAUACGCAGUGGGACGUGGCCGUGCUGGCGCACUGCAUUUGGUAUUUCCGCUCGGAUGACACGCUCCGGCAAAUCCUCUCGGCGCUGCGGGGCCGGGUAGCACGGGUAUGCCUCGCCGAAUGGGCACUGCACGCUACGGAGCCGGCGGCGACGGCGCAUGUACUCGCUGCGGUGGCGCGAGCCACAUUUGAGGCGCACCGAGUAGACAGCACGGAGAAUAUCCAGACGCUGGCGAGUCCACGAGCCAUAAAGGAGGCCGUGCGACGGGCCGGCUGGAAAAUGGAGACCGAAGGGACCAUUGUCCCAGAUGCUGAGUUGUCGGACGGAUUCUGGGAGACGGGUACGGUGGUGGAUCAGGGGUUUGCAAAAGAUGUAGAUAAGGAGAUCAAGGAGGAAAGAGUGAAAGCGGCUUUGACGUCUGCGAGGGACGCGGUUAUUGCAGCGGCGGACUCGGCUGGGGGCGCUAGAAUGGUGAGAAGUAUGGAUGUUUGGGUCGCGACACUGAUUCCGGAAUAGCAAGUGAAGACUCUGUAGCUGGAAAGCCACGAGAGUACCCGUCCUCGGGUGUGAGCAAAGCGAAGCUUACGCCGCCGAUUGUGUAGCCAUGUCCACUGACGGCGGCCUUAUACCUGCAGGCUGCGCAAAGGGAUAAUGUCGCUCUUCAUUCAAGCAGCUAGAUAGUAGCUAUUCAAGCCGAAACUUUUGACUGGCCACGUCAAAUAGGUAUUGCGAGACAAAUAAGUCGAAGACGGCGAUUGUGACCUCUCGAUCCUUGGAUGGGGUGGAGGGUGGAAAGAACAAG